UCAAACAUCAAACGAAAAGGAACGUUAUUUUCGAAAGCUGCUACUCUGUGGCUGCUUGCGUUUAUUUGUUCAUAAUUUUUAUUUUUCUUUCUACAGAUUAAGAGUUUAUUCAGAAAAGUGUUAUAAUGGCGCCCCGAGAAACACCAAAACCGACGACUAAAGUGCAGCGUAAUGUGAAGGACUUGCCAGCCAAAGGCAGAGCGUCACCGGUUGGGGCGAUUAAAAAAACCGUUUUGGUCAAGAAGACCGUGGAUAAAACUCCCCUUAAAAUAAAUAAACUGAACGUGGAACCAAGGACAACAAGGCAACGGACCAGUACAGUUCCGAAUGCAGCUUCGCCAAAACCCAAAGAAAAUAGAUCAGUUCCUGUACCAAGCAGUGUGACUAAAAGUGGUAAGAAGAAACCUUCAUGGAAGCGACGCCCUUUGCCUGCUCACUCUGGUGUGCCAAUACCAGAGAAGAUGAAAAAAAUAAUGGAGAAACAAUUUUUGGAUUCGGAAUUCGCAUUAUAAUUUGAAUUUGGAAUCAUUUAUACUGGCUGGUUUAAGUUUUACCUAAAAUGGUGGGCUGAUUUUUUAAUAUGAUUGUUUGAUUCAUUACU